GAGUGAGUGACGACUGACGAGUGCAUUUGUAUAUAAGGAAAACAAAGGUAACAGAGACAGUCCAAAGCACAAGAAGUAGGUCUUCACCUGUUUUCCUCGGACUUUCCGCUCUCAAAUCGCCCUCCCAGUCCGAUCGGAUCACCUUCUCAAGCCGACCAGAUAUGUCAACUGUGAGGCUUCCCACAUGUUACCCGCUCCAAUGCGCGUUGCCAGACAGACCCUCGGCCUUCAUUAAGAGCCCGAGCUCCUUAGCUUCCACAAGGAGUGUCACGAAAGCCUUUGGCUUGAAGUCUUCCGCCUCCUUCAGAGUAUCUGCAAUGGCCGUGCACAAAGUGAAGCUGAUCGGACCAAAUGGGGAAGAGAACGAGUUCGAUGCCCCGGAUGACCAGUACAUCCUCGACUCCGCCGAGAAUGCCGGGCUCGAGCUUCCUUAUUCAUGCAGAGCCGGGGCGUGCUCCACCUGCGCAGGCCAGAUGGUCUCGGGGGAGGUGGACCAGUCGGACGGCUCCUUUCUCGACGAGAAGCAGAUGGAGAAGGGCUAUGUGCUGACCUGCAUCUCGUACCCAAGAGCCGACUGCGUGAUUCAUACCCACAAGGAGGGUGAUCUUUAUUGAUCAAGUCCGAGAACCGCAAUGCUUGUCAUUCUUGUCUAUUGGAAAGACAGUUUGUGCCUGAAUAGGGUCCUGGUCACAAGCUGAGCUUUAUUGACUCAGGUGCUUUUUUAGUGUUUAUGCAGUUGCAGUGACAACUCUUGUUCCAAAUUAGUCUUCCAGCAUGUGUAGGACUUGAAAUCAGAUAUUAGUCUUCUUUAUGGUUUA